AGGCGGCAUGAAAGUGACCGUGUGCUUCGGGCGGACCCGGGUGGUCGUACCGUGCGGGGACGGCCGCAUGAAAGUUUUCAACCUCGUGCAGCAAGCGGUGACCCGGUACCGCAAAGCCAUCGCCAAGGAUCCAAACUACUGGAUACAGGUGCACCGCUUGGAGCAUGGAGACGGGGGGAUCCUGGACCUGGACGACGUGCUCUGUGAUGUCGCGGACGACAAGGACAGGCUGGUGGCAGUGUUUGACGAGCAGGACCCCCACCACGGAGGCGAUGGCACCAGUGCCAGCUCCACGGGUACCCAGAGCCCAGAGCUAUUCGGGGGUGAGCUGGGCACCAACAGCGUGUCGGCUUUCCAGCCUUACCAAGCCCCAAGUGAAAUUGAGGUCACACCUUCUGUCCUUCGCACGAAUAUGCCUCUCCACGUGCGCCGGAGCAGUGACCCCGCCCUUGUGGGCCUCUCCACCUCAUUCAGCGACAACCACUUCUCCUCUGAGGAACCCUCCAGGAAAAAUCCCACCCGCUGGUCCACCACAGCUGGCUUCCUCAAGCAGAGCCCAUCCAGUGGCCCCAACACCUGCGACAGGAAGAAAGAUGAAAACUACAGAAGCCUGCCCAGGGACACCAGUAGCUGGUCUCAUCAGUUCCAGAGGGACAAUGCACGGUCAUCCUUGAGCGCCAGCCACCCCAUGGUAGAUAAGUGGUUGGAGAAGCAGGAGCAGGAGGAGGACGGGACGGAAGAGGACAGCAGCCGAGUUGAGCCCCUGGGACAUGCAGACACGGGCUCGGAGAACGUUCCCAGCUUUUCCCUGGAUGACGUGGUAAAGCUGGUACAAGUCUCCAACGACGGAGGGCCCCUGGGGAUCCAUGUAGUGCCUUUCAGUGCUCGAGGCGGCAGAACGCUGGGCCUCCUGGUGAAGCGUCUGGAGAAAGGAGGGAAGGCUGAGCACGAAGGCCUCUUCCAGGAGAACGACUGCAUCGUCAGGAUCAAUGACGGCGACCUUCGCAACAGAAGAUUUGAGCAAGCACAGCACGUGUUCCGCCAAGCCAUGCGCACGCCCCUCAUCUGGUUCCAUGUGGUGCCCGCCGCCAUGAAGGAGCAGUACGAGCUGCUCUCCCAGAACGAGAGUCGCCAGGCCUGCCCCAGCCGCUUCAGCCCGGACAGCCCCCCAUGUGGGGACAGCAGGGUUGCAAGUGGCCUGGGGCUCCCUGGACCUCCCCGGGUCCCUAGAAUUCCCCAAGCACAGGAUCACCCGGAUGCUCACACGCGACUACCUCACAUGGCGCCACAGCAGCCUGCAGCCCGGCCACCCGGCGCCCCUACACCAGCCCUGCAUGGGGUUGGCACCUUCAGCUCCACCAUGGGCAGCACCUACAGCACCAAGAAGAUAGGCAAGAGGCUCAACAUCCAGCUCAAGAAAGGUUCAGAGGGACUGGGGUUCAGCAUCACUUCCCGCGACGUGACCAUAGGCGGCUCCGCUCCCAUCUACGUGAAGAACAUCCUCCCCAGGGGCGCGGCCAUCCAGGACGGCCGGCUUAAGGCCGGAGACCGGCUGAUAGAGGUGAAUGGAGUGGACAUAGCCGGCAAGUCCCAGGAAGAGGUGGUGUCCCUGCUGAGAAGCACCAAGAUGGAAGGCACCGUGAGCCUGCUGGUCUUCCGCCAGGAGGACGCCUUCCACCCGAGGGAGCUGAACGCAGAGCCAAGCCAAAUGCAGAUUCCCAAAGAAACGAAAGCUGAAGAUGAAGAUGUUGUGCUCACCCCCGAUGGCACCAGGGAGUUCCUGACCUUUGAGGUCCCACUCAAUGAUUCGGGGUCAGCGGGCCUGGGUGUCAGCGUCAAGGGGAACCGCUCCAAGGAGAACCACGCGGAUCUGGGCAUCUUCGUCAAAUCCAUCAUCAACGGAGGGGCAGCCUCGAAAGACGGGCGGCUGCGGGUGAAUGACCAGCUGAUUGCCGUGAACGGGGAGUCCCUAUUGGGCAGGACAAACCAGGAUGCCAUGGACGCACUCAGGAGGUCCAUGUCCACCGAGGGCAACAAGCGGGGCAUGAUCCAGCUCAUCGUGGCCAGACGUGUCAGCAAGUGUGGCGAGCUCAAGUCACCCGGAAGCCCUGCUGGACCAGAAUUGCCCAUUGAAACGGCGCUGGAUGACAGCGAACGACGAAUUUCCCACUCGCUGUACAGUGGCAUUGAGGACCUGGACGAAUCGCCCACGAGGAACCCGGCUCUUCCUCGGAUCAUGGGUGAGUCAGGUAAAUACCAGCUCUCCCCAACCGUGAACAUGCCCCACGAUGACAGCGUCCUCAUUGAAGAUGACAGGCUCCCCGUGCUCCCACCACGCCUCUCCGACCAGUCCUCGUCCAGCUCCCACGACGAUGUGGGCUUCACCACCGCAGAAGUGGCCCCUUGGGCCCAAGCCAACAUCAGCGAUUCGGCCGACUGCUCUCUGAGUCCAGAUGUUGAUCCAGUGCUGGCUUUUCAACGAGAAGGAUUUGGACGCCAGAGUAUGUCUGAAAAACGCACAAAGCAAUUUUCAGAUGCCAGUCAAUUGGAUUUCGUUAAAACACGAAAAUCAAAAAGCAUGGAUUUAGGUAUAGCUGACGAGACUAAACUCAAUACAGUGGAUGACCAGCCAUCAGGUUCCCCCAGUCGAGACGUGGGGCCCUCCCUGGGCCUGAAGAAGUCCAGUUCCCUGGAGAGCCUGCAGACGGCCGUGGCCGAAGUCACCCUUAACGGGGACAUCCCUUUCCACCGCCCCCGGCCCCGCAUCAUCCGAGGGAGGGGCUGCAACGAGAGCUUCCGCGCAGCCAUCGACAAGUCCUACGACAAACCCUCGGUGGAUGACGACGAUGAAGGCAUGGAGACCUUGGAAGAAGACACAGAAGAAAGCUCUCGGUCCGGGAGAGAGUCCGUGUCUACUGCCAGCGACCAGCCCUCCCACUCCCUGGAGAGACAGACCAACGGCAACCAGGAGCGAGGUGACAAAGGUGAAAGGAAGAGAGAUAAAACUGGCAAAGAGAAGAAGAAAGACAGAGACAAGGAGAAGGACAAAAUGAAAGCCAAGAAGGGCAUGCUGAAGGGCCUGGGAGAUAUGUUCAGGUUUGGCAAACAUCGAAAAGAUGACAAGAUUGAGAAAACGGGUAGAGUAAAAAUGCAGGACUCGUUUACGUCAGAAGAGGAGAGGACACGGAUGAAGCAGGAACGGGAGAGGAUCCAAGCCAAAACCCGAGAAUUUAGGGAGCGACAGGCUCGGGAGCGCGACUAUGCUGAGAUCCAAGACUUUCACCGGACGUUUGGCUGUGGUGACGAGGCGAUGUACGGGGGACUUUGUCCGUACGAGGGCCCCCUGGCCCUCACCGCCAGGCCCCAAAGCCCGAGAGAAGGACACCUCAUGGACGCUCUGUAUGCCCAAGUGAAGAAACCGCGGAACCCCAAGCCUUCACCUGUGGACAGCAACCGAUCCACCCCCAGCAACCAUGACCGGAUACAGCGGCUGCGGCAGGAGUUCCAGCAGGCGAAGCAGGAGGGAGACGUGGAAGACCGGCGGCGUACCUACAGCUUCGAGCAGCCCUGGCCUAGCUCCCGGCCAGCGGCGCAGAGCGGCAGGCACUCGGUGUCUGUGGAGGUGCAGGUGCAGCGGCAGCGGCAGGAGGAGCGUGACAGCUUCCAGCAGGCCCAGCGCCAGUACAGCUCGCUGCCACGGCAGAGCAGGAAAAACACAAGCUGCGUCUCGCAGGACACGUGGGAGCAGAGCUGCCCGCCGGGUGACGGCUUCCAGCACGCCAAGGACAGCCCACGCUACUCCAGCUACCAGGGCUCCCGCAACGGCUACCUGGGCGGCCACGGCUUCAACGCCAGGGUCAUGCUGGAGACGCAGGAGCUGCUGCGGCAGGAGCAGAGGCGGAAGGAGCAGCAAAUGAAGAAGCCACCCGCCCCCGAGGGCCCCGGUGGUGGUGGUGGUGGUGGUGGUGGCACCAGUGGCUACGAAGCCUACAAGAAGGGUCAGGACGCCAGCUAUGGCCCCGCCAAGGGGCCCUUCCGGCAGGACGUGCCACCAUCCCCAUCCCAAGUGGCCCGGCUAAGCAGACUGCAGACGCCAGAGAAAGGGAGGCCCUUCUACUCCUGA